CGCCAGUCGCCACCGUGAAAUAAAAGUAAUAUUUAUAAAAUACCAAAUCAAUUAUAUUUAUUUUAUUUUAAAUAAGUCAUGUCUCGCUUGAUAGUUAGUAUUUAUAGAUAUGUUAGUAUUUAAAUAAAAGUAACUUAUGUAUUUGUUUUAAUCAUGCAAGAUUUUACAAGUAUAUUAAAUAUAAUAUUCAUAAUAAGUGGUGGUGUUUUGACUUUCGUGAUUCUAUUCAUCUUCGCUAAGAGACAAAUCACAAGAUUUGCUCUUCGAUCGAGAAGAGGUCCUCAUGUCCCUAUAGGUGCUGAUGCUAAGAAAUGUUUAAAGAAAGAAAUAGAACGCAGAAUAGAGGCAGUGCCUCGCAUAAUGUAUGAGCCUAGAUUAUCAUGUGAAGAGCUGUCUCACUACAUUCUUGAACCACAGCAGCCUUAUCAUUACAGGUUCCGUGCUGUUGAUGAUGUUAAAACAUUAGAGGAGGAGAUUGCCCGACAAGACCCAAACUUACGUCGUCAUCCGCGAGAGUCACUACGAGCCUUUCUCCUCACUUCUCUUGCAGCCCCCCUUGAUGGCAAGGGUCAAAAGAUUAUACACCAAUUUUGCGACGCGUAUGAGUCAGCGCGCCACCAUCCAGCCGAAUUCGGUGAAGAGGAGUAUAGGGCAUAUAACCGUCUACUACUUAAGUUGUUGGAUGCAGCACAUCUGCUCAAAAGCGUGAGUGUGGUGAGCUCGUGCCGCAGCAGUCCACAGCGAAGGCCGCGACUGUUGGACCCAACCAGGUUGCGACCCACUCUCCCACCCACAAACCACUACACUGCCCUAGAGAACAUGCCUUCGGAACCAAAGAUUGAGGAUGAAAUAAUUAGAGUUCCCUUAAAGAACGCCACUGAGACUGGGGCAAAGCCCGACGAGACAGCAGUAUGAGGGUAGAACCAUUUCUGGAGCCAGAUAUGAUUUAUAAGGGGUGGGCACCACCACCAACUACCUAGCCAGUACAAGAAUAAACAAUCCAUGCGAAAUCACUAAAGGAAUCAUGUAAAAGCUAUUUAAAUUGAAAUUUCUGGAACGACAAAUAGAAAAUCCUUAUGCUUUUGUAAGAAAAGUAUAACAAAAAAAAUGUUACGGCCGCCGGGGCAUCUGUUAUUAAAUUAAAAUUUGUUGUUUUAGCUGCGAUUAUAAUAUACUACAAAAUUUCAAGCUGUUGUAGAGUUGUUGCGGUUUACGUGUUGAAGUACGCUGACAGGCGGACCCCGUUUUUUUUUAAUUGGGCAAGGAAAUAUAACCUGCAAAACAUCAUACAACGUUUAAUCGCUUAGCCGACGGUUCGUGCCUGCCACAAUUCAUAAAUAUUAUUAAAUUUAAGGGCUUAAAUUAUUAGCAGUGGUUCACUUCAUAAUAUUAGUUGAAACAUUACUUAGCUGCUUCUUACUUUUUUUUUUAUAUGAGAGGGGCAAGAGGCUCACGGGAUGGGGAGAGGUGAGGCAACCGGCCAUAGACAUCCGCAACAACUGGUGUGUCAAGUUAUGCGUUGCCAGCCUUUUCUAUUGAUAUAUUCUUCACAGAGUUCUUUCUUGCAUUCGUUCUAUGUAAGUGGCUUUUUAAAAUAUGAGUGUGGUUUCGAAGUCUUAAACCCAAGAAUCUAUUGUGCUCCUUGCCUAUAAAUGCUCGAGCGUACGCCCUCAGAUGUUCAUACCAUCAUAUUCUGGAAACUUACCGUUAUUUAUCUGAUAACAGCGAGGACAGCCAGUUCCUACCACAUGACCUUGCUUUGACCCGACAAGUCAAUGUUAAUAGUGGGUGAUUACAGUGUGAUAUGUGUGAACAGUGGUGAUAAUUUUAAGUAGAAAUAGAAAAUAUAAUAUAUAUUAUUUACUCAUAUAUAAUUAUAUGCUUUGUUUUUAAUAUAUAACAAUCUGUGAGAAAUA